AGCAAAGCAAUAAACAAAAAAGAUGAUCAUAAAAUUUGAUAGAAUACAACGGUUGGCAAGCAUAAAAUAAUAAAAUAGACCCCACCCAAUGGCGUAGCCGAAAAAGCAUGUGCACUAAAAACACACAUGAACAUAUUCACGACUAAAUAAGAGCAAACCCACAAAACGAAGAGCAAGAAAAAAGUUAAAGCUCGGCUAGAUAACGGCAAUGGCAACAAUAAUAAAACAAAUGAACAUUAACAGAGCAACUAGAACCCACCAUUAAAAACCGUAGCGCAGCAAACCAACAGCAGCAACGACACCAACGAACAAACACGUCGUCACCGCGACGAGUGAAGAAGAACCAACGAGCACACAACUAAUAGCAGUCACAGCGGUAAGGCGGGGAAAAAUUACGUAAGAACAAAAAACUAAAAAAAAAUAAUAAAAAUAAAUAAAAAAAAAAGCUAAACAAACGGAAGUGCCUCAUAUAGCAGCAGCAGCAGCAAAAGUUGGGGGAAAAAUCAGAAACAGAGAAGCGCAAAUGUAAUCGCAUACUCGAUUAUUCGAUGCUCGUCGGUGUGGUAACAGAGACAGUAGUAACAGUAAGUGGAGCGAGAGGAGGCACAGUUAGUCGCAGUAGCCACAGCAGCCACAGCAGCUGAGUGCCGGUGCUGAGAUAAGCUGCCAAGCGGAGUUGGUGGCAACGAUGAAAGCACCAAAGGAUGUGAUAAGCAGAGUGUGAGAGAGUGUAAAGAGGAGGGGAGAAAAAGUAAGUGUUGGCAUUUUAUUUGGAUUAGGAAGGAAUCAAAGCGACAAGUACACAAAGUGAAGUGCUGACUAGAUGAAGUAGCGCAGCCAAAGGGAGGCAUAAAAAAUUAAGCAUUUUCAAAGGAACGAAAGUCAAAGGAGAACGGAAAAGUGCCCAGAGGCUUCAAAGAUUUAAUGAUAAUUUACUUAAAUUAACCCAAUCCAUCCAUUAAGAAAGUAUUAAAAGAAAUUUUCAAAAAAAAAAAAAGGAAAAAUGAAAAAAAGAUUGAGGACCGUGAUGAGACAAGCAAGCAAAUAAGCAAUUGAGCGCGACAGGAAGGAAUUCAUGAAAUACGAAAAUUUCCACACAACAGCAGCAAAAGUUGAUGUAAAAAAUGCCGAAGUAAGGCGCGUUAAGCAGAUACCGGAUACUCAGUUACGGCUUACAUCGUGUUGAAGCGCCAUAAUAACAACACCAACAACAGCAGAGAGGAAAAAAUAAGCACAAAAAGAUUAUCAAUAAAAGAAGAAAGAAUUUAUCGACAUUGUAAACGAAGCACUCACACACCUUCACGACAUUAACGCAUACAAUAACAAGCAUCUGCAGUGAAAGACAGUGGUUGGAUAGAAGCUACAACGCGGAAGCGCGAAAGCGGAAGCUGUCGUUGAUGCUGAUUGACAACGCGCCAGCGGAAGCGGGACCAGUCAUAAGAGUCGCAAAAUGAAGGGAUUAAUUUUUAGUCGAAAAGCAAACAAGCCACGGAAAAACGACGAAACCAACCGAACGCCAAAAAGAACAGUAAAAACAGCAACAGCAACAAUUGCAGCAGCAUGCGCGAGCACAAAAACGCAGACAGUAAAGAUAUGCAAAGCUGCAAAAACAAAAACCGAAACAGCAGCAACAACAAAGACAACGCCUACACAUAACACACAUAACGGUAACAGCAAACAGCUGACAACGCCAUUAAAAUGUUACAAGAAUAACAUGCAGCAACAGAGGAGCAGCUGCAAUGGCAGUGUUAACAACAGCUACGACAACUACAGCAACAACAACAACAACAGCAGCAGCAGCAAGGGAGACACUAGCCAGUGUAGUCGCUAUGUCAACUACGGCAGCCGACAUUGUGGUCGUAAAGGUGACAGCAGCAGUUUAAUACCCACCUACAACCAGCAACAGCAUCAUCAAGAACAACAACACCAACAUUGCCUCGCACCGUGUGCUGAGCUGACGCACAAAAUGCCGGCAACCAUUUCCGUUACCACGCAAAAGCCCAACGUAAGUGUGUGUGUGCACCAGCAGCAUCAGCGGAUGGUCCCAAACCCCCUGGAAGGUGUUCACCACCGUCAGCGACUACAGCAACAACACCAAUUAACAACAACAACAAAACCAACAGCAACAUCAUUGCCACCCACCAACCACCACGCACAGCCACAGCAACGCCACAAGCAAAAACAGCAAAAACAACAAAAACAAGAACAACCAGCAACAACCGCCACAACUGUCAUCGCUUGUUUGAGAAAAUCUUGGUCAACAUUUCUGUCAUCUCGCCUAAAUUUCCACCAACAUCUCGGUCAUAUCAGCCUGACUGUCCUUGUGCUGGCCUCCAUUUUAAUAUAUUCAUGCCCAUGCACAUCAGCCUUGCGCCUCACAAAUGGCGGCAAUACCAAAACUUUAUCCGCUAAUAAGGAGCAAUUAAAUAUUGGCCUAAUUGCACCGCACACAAAUUUUGGCAAACGUGAAUAUUUACGCGCCAUUAACACCGCUGUGCAGGGUCUGGCGAAGACACGCGGUGCCAAGCUGACGUUUCUCAAAGACUAUUCAUUCGAGCCGCGCAACAUACACUUUGAUAUGAUGUCGUUAACGCCCAGUCCGACAGCCAUAUUGAGUACACUCUGCAAAGAGUUCCUACAGGCGAACGUCUCUGCGAUACUUUAUAUGAUGAAUAAUGAACAGUUCGGUCAUAGCACUGCCUCAGCACAGUAUUUCCUACAAUUAGCCGGCUAUCUUGGCAUACCGGUCAUCUCAUGGAAUGCCGACAAUUCGGGACUGGAGCGACGCGCCUCCCAAUCAACACUUCAGCUUCAGUUAGCUCCAAGUAUAGAACAUCAAAGUGCUGCUAUGUUGAGCAUUCUAGAGCGUUACAAAUGGCAUCAAUUUUCGGUUGUCACCUCUCAAAUAGCCGGGCAUGAUGAUUUUGUACAGGCUGUAAGGGAGCGUGUCGCCGAAAUGCAAGACCAUUUCAAAUUCACGAUACUCAAUUCGAUUGUGGUAACGCGCACCAGCGACUUGAUGGAAUUAGUGAAUAGCGAGGCUAGAGUGAUGCUCCUCUAUGCCACACAAAGCGAAGCGGUUACUAUUCUUAGAGCUGCUGAAGAGAUGAAGUUAACUGGCGAAAAUUAUGUGUGGGUCGUUAGUCAAUCGGUUAUCGAGAAGAAGGAUGCACAUCCACAAUUUCCCAUCGGUAUGUUGGGUGUACACUUUGAUACGAGUAGUGCGGCGUUGAUGAAUGAAAUAUCGAAUGCGAUUAAAAUUUAUGCCUUCGGUGUGGAAGCCUAUCUAACGGAUCCGGCAAAUCGGGGGCGCCGAUUAACAACGCAAUCGUUGUCGUGUGAGGAUGAGGGACGCGGCCGCUGGGAUAAUGGUGAAAUCUUCUUCCGUUAUUUACGCAACGUAUCCAUUGAGGGUGACCUAAAUAAGCCCAAUAUUGAAUUCACUGCCGAUGGCGAUCUCAAAUCAGCUGAACUGAAAAUCAUGAAUUUGCGUCCGGGUGCGAAUAACAAGAAUCUCGUUUGGGAGGAGAUUGGUGUUUGGAAAUCGUGGGAGACGCAAAAGCUCGAUAUACGUGACAUCGCCUGGCCGGGUAACUCGCAUGCUCCACCACAGGGUGUACCCGAAAAAUUCCAUUUAAAGAUAACAUUCCUCGAAGAGGCACCCUAUAUCAAUCUCUCACCCGCCGACCCAAUCAGUGGCAAAUGUCUAAUGGAUCGCGGCGUCCUUUGUCGGGUCGCGGCCGAUCAUGAGAUGGCCGCUGACAUUGAUGUGGGGCAAGCGCAUCGCAAUGAAUCGUUCUAUCAGUGUUGUAGUGGCUUUUGCAUCGAUCUGCUGGAAAAAUUUGCCGAAGAAUUGGGUUUCACAUACGAAUUGGUACGGGUCGAAGAUGGUAAGUGGGGUACACUUGAGAAUGGUAAAUGGAAUGGGCUGAUUGCGGAUUUGGUAAAUCGUAAAACCGACAUGGUAUUGACAUCGCUGAUGAUCAAUACCGAACGCGAAGCUGUGGUGGACUUCAGUGAGCCAUUCAUGGAGACGGGCAUUGCGAUAGUGGUGGCUAAACGUACGGGUAUUAUAUCGCCGACAGCGUUUCUAGAACCAUUCGAUACAGCGUCGUGGAUGUUGGUCGGCAUUGUGGCCAUUCAUGCUGCCACUUUUAUGAUCUUCCUCUUCGAGUGGCUCUCACCGAGUGGUUACAAUAUGAAACUCUAUCUACAAAAUACAAGCGUCACGCCAUAUCGUUUCUCGUUAUGUCGUACCUAUUGGCUCGUGUGGGCUGUACUAUUUCAGGCGGCCGUACAUGUGGACUCACCGCGCGGUUUCACCUCACGCUUCAUGACGAACGUGUGGGCUCUAUUCGCUGUGGUCUUCUUGGCCAUCUACACUGCUAACUUGGCUGCCUUCAUGAUAACGCGAGAAGAAUUCCAUGAAUUUAGCGGCCUGAAUGACAGCCGUUUGGUACAUCCUUUCUCGCAUAGGCCCUCAUUUAAAUUCGGCACCAUACCAUAUAGUCACACCGACUCAACCAUACAUAAAUAUUUUAAGGAAAUGCAUCAUUACAUGAGACAAUACAAUAAAACAAGCGUCGCUGAGGGCGUAGCCGCCGUACUUAAUGGUAAUCUUGACUCAUUCAUCUAUGAUGGCACGGUGCUGGAUUAUUUGGUGGCUCAGGAUGAAGACUGCCGUUUAAUGACUGUCGGCAGCUGGUAUGCCAUGACAGGUUACGGUCUCGCCUUCAGUCGCAAUUCAAAAUACGUCCAAAUGUUCAAUAGACGACUGUUGGAGUUUCGAGCGAAUGGUGAUUUGGAGCGCCUACGACGCUACUGGAUGACGGGCACCUGUCGACCGGGCAAACAAGAGCAUAAAUCUUCCGAUCCACUGGCGCUAGAGCAAUUCUUAUCAGCCUUCUUACUGCUAAUGGCUGGAAUAUUAUUUGCCGCAUUACUGCUACUACUCGAACACAUCUAUUUCAAAUAUGUACGCAAACGUUUGGCCAAAAAAGAUGGCUGUCAUUGCUGUGCAUUACUCUCACUGUCAAUGGGUAAAGCGUUGACAUUUCGCGGCGCCGUCUUUGAGGCAACGGAAAUACUGAAAAAGCAUCGCUGCAAUGAUCCCAUUUGUGAUACGCAUUUAUGGAAGGUGAAGCAUGAGUUGGACAUGUCACGUUUGCGUGUACGUCAAUUGGAGAAGGCGUUGGAUCAGCAUGGUAUUAAGCCGCCGCAGCUGAGAUUGGCGUCAUCGUCGGAUUUAUUGAAUCAUCAUCAUCUGAAAGAGCGACCACCACUGCUGGGGAACCUGAGUUUAGCUGCCAGUGCACAAGAUUUAUACAGGUGGUCUUACAAAACGGAAAUUGCGGAAAUGGAGACGGUGCUGUAAGGUGCCACAAAAGAACCAAAUAACCACCGCCUGCAACUCUACUACAAACGCGCCAAUACCACCAACAAAACAAAACGAAAAAACAGUAAAACCACCAAAGCAAAACACGAAAACGUAAACGAAAAACACAACAAAAAGAAGGAAAAAAGUAUUUCAAGCGCUUUGCAGAAAAGUUGAGCUAAAAACGAAAUGAAGAAGAAGAAUGAUGCCACCUGCCAAGCAGCCAAUCAGCCAACCAACCUCAACCAACGACCCUGCAGCUAGCCGAACAGCCAAUAUCUCUAUUGAAUGCAGGAAGCAAUAAAUUUUAGUUGGAAAUGAGCACAAAAUGCUAAUAACACACGUAUAUGUAUGUGUAUAUGUAUGUAUGCGCGGAUGAGGUUGGCAAAGCGAGUAAGGGUGCCAUCAUCACAGGCGGUUGGAAUGGCCGGCCGCUGCUGUAUGAGGAUUCAUAGCAAUAAGUUAACAAAGAAAGCAUCAAACCGAUACAUGCAA